AUGAAUGAAGAAAUCGGGAAAAAUAUAAAAUUAAAUAACAAUUUCUUAGAGUUUGAAGAAAUAAUAAAAGACAUUAACACCUCAUUCAGUUUCAUCGAUUUAGUUGAAGUCCCGUGUGUGCCACUAGUUGAUAUAUACGGGUUGUCAGUCCUUAGUAAUGAGGCAUAUUUAGAAUAUAAAAAUGGGUUAAGAGAAGACAAGUUAAUUGCUGAAGAUGAAAUUCGAUUAACUCUCUUUUUUGCAGUAAAAUUGUAUAAAAAGAAUGUUAUAAAAAUUAAAUUUCCAUCUUAUUAUGAUAUCAUUGAAACCUUGAAGUUUGAUCCUGUGUCUGUGACCAUUGGGUUAUUUAAUCAAUUUUAUUUUGAAACAGCUUAUGAACUGUGCAAUCUGUUGCCAGUUAAUGAGUGGCCUUCCACAAAUUUUUACGACAUUUUGAGAAAGGCAGAAAAAACCAGAAUACAUUUUUUAAUAAAUAACAAAACGAAGCUAAAUUCAUAUUUCUUGGAGGGGCUUACAAACAAGGAAAAAAAAAUUUACAAAUACUUUCUUGAAGGCACUUCUAAGGAGAGAGAAUCUAUGAAUAAAGAGACUACUUUGUUUUACUUUUACGAAAAAGACAAAUGA